CUACUUUUACUAGUCCCGGGCGACUCUAUCCCGGCCGAUUGUAGAAUAGUAGACGGCCAUUCAACAGUCCACGAGACAAUCAUCAAGGGAGAGCCUGAACCAAGACCCGUCUUCCCUGGCGACGAGGUUUAUGCUGGGUGCUCGAAUGGGCCAGGAAAAAUGAUAGUCAAAGUUUGCAAAGCAGGUAAAGAGAUUUGGUUAGCUCGAACACUGCAAGCUAUCGCCCAGGGAAAUGAAGCCAAAUCCGAUCCUGAGAUGUUCUCCAAUCGAAUUCUCAGGUGGUUCAGUGCCGCUGUCUUAUGCUGUUCUGCUGCGACCGGACUCUCUCACUACUUCACUGGUGCAUCCGCCAUUCUCGUCCUGAACAAAGUCGUCUCCGUACUACUCUGCGCAUACCCUUAUACAUUGGGGCUAGGCAUCCCAACGUGCCUCAUGUCCGCCAACGGUAAGUCAAACGCCCAUGCUGCCGGUAUUUUCUUAAGAACAAGUCCACAGGUAGAGCGAGCAGCCGACGCCAAGGUGAUUGUGUUUGACAAGACGGGUACUUUGACCUCAAGCACUUUGCACGCAAAAGCGAUUGACACAGCUGUGGAAUGGAGUACGUCGGCAGAACAAGAGGCUUUGUGUUCAUCACACCCUGUCUCCGUCUUGUUGUCGAAAAAAGCCGAAGAGCAAUCUGAGUCAGCUAAAAACUCUAACUGCCUCAGUCAGAACCCCGGGUCCGGUUUGACAGGCAAGUUCAUAUUCAAGGGGUCAGAAUUCGAAGUGGCCAUAGGCAAUGUUCGGCACAUGCACGCACAGCCCGAUUCAUGUCUUGGACUGUCAACUACAACAUCUGACAGCAUGGUGUAUAUCUCCAUCAACCACCGUCUCGCAGGCUGUAUGAAAUGUGCAAGCGACACCAUUCCUGAUGCGAGUCAAGUCGUGGAUUCCCUACAUGGGCGUGGUUUUCAAGUAUUCAUGAUGACAGGCGAUACAAUGGCGGCUGCUCUUGCAGUGGCUAACCAUGUCGGCAUUCCGCCUACCCGAGUCUACGCCGACCUGGCUCCUCCGGACAAAGUAAAGCUCAUCAACCGGCUUCAAGCGCGCCAUGGCCCUGUCAUCAUGGUUGGCAAUAACAUCAACGAUGCUCCUGCACUUUCUACAGCA